AUGCUACAGUCACCGAUGAUAUCAUGUCCCCUCAAACAGACAAACGAAAUCGACUGGAUCCAGCCAUUGAAGUCGUAUAUCCGGAACACAUAUGGCGAUGAUCCCGAAAGGUACUCGGAAGAAUGCGCUACGUUAAAUAGGCUACGGCAGGACAUGCGGGGAGCGGGGAAGGACAGUGCCACUGGACGUGACCUGCUAUAUCGGUAUUAUGGACAGCUGGAAUUGCUGGACUUGCGGUUCCCGGUCGACGAAAAUCAUAUAAAAAUCUCUUUUACAUGGUACGAUGCUUUUACCCGAAAGGCCACUUCGCAGUACUCGUUGGCAUACGAGAAAGCGUCCAUAAUAUUCAACAUCUCCGCUGUCCUGUCAUGUCAUGCGGCGAAUCAAAGUCGCUCAGAUGACACCGGCCUAAAGACAGCGUACCAUUCGUUUCAGGCGUCUGCCGGCAUGUUUACUUAUAUCAAUGAUAAUUUUCUCCACGCACCUUCUACCGAUUUAAGCCGAGAUACUGUCAAAACACUGAUAGCGAUCACGCUAGCCCAAGCACAGGAAGUUUUCCUUGAAAAGCAGAUCCGGGAUGAGAAGAAGCCUGGCUUUUUAGCUAAGCUUGCUAGCCAAGCAGCCCACCUAUAUGCUCAAGCCAGCGAAGGGGUUCAAGAAAACGUCGCCAAAGGCACCUUUGAGAAGGUGUGGACAACUCUAAUUCUAAUUAAGGCCUCCCAUUUGUCCUCCGUUGCAGGGUACUAUCAGGCCAUCGCUGAUGAUGGGAGCGGGAUUCACGGGAUCUCGAUUGGCCGGUUAAAGUUGGCUGAAAAGCAGUCAAAUGCGGCCCUUGGCUUAGCUAAAUCGUUUCCAUCUUCUGUACCAACGGGCUCAAAUCUAAAUUCAGACACAGGCUCGGCCAUAGUCGAAAUCGUUCGAAGACACCUCACCAAUGUCCAGGAGAAGCUGGCGUCAUUUAUAAGAGACAACGAUUUUAUUUACCACCAGCCCGUCCCCACGGAAGCUGGUCUGUCUAUGAUCGCCAAACUCCCCGCUGCCAAAGCUAUCCCUGUCAGUGAGUUAUAUCAAGGACAGGACAUCCAAAGAAUUAUUGGACCUGAUAUCUUUCAAAAAAUCGUGCCAAUGUCGGUUACAGAGUCCGCGAGUUUGUAUGACGAAGAAAAAGCUAAACUUGUCCGGGCUGAAGUUGAGAAAGUGGAAGCCGCCAACGGAGAAAUGGCUGCUAGCCUUGAUUUUUUGAAAUUACCUGGAAGUCUAAACAUAUUGAAGGGAAGUAUUGACCAAGAGAUGACUUGCGAUCAAGACUUCAAAUCGUGGUGCGAGGAGAUUGCCGGGCAUGACCCGUUCCGCGGUACCCUUGAUGAUUUACAAGAAGAUAAAAUCACACUCCUCAGCACAUUGGAACAGUGCUCUAAACAACUUGACAUGGAAGAGAGUGUUUGUGAAAAGAUGCGGUCGAAAUACGGGGUGGAGUGGACCCAACAACCAAGCGCACGGCUUACAGCUACGCUGAGAAGCGACAUUAGGACAUACCGUAGUACCAUUGACGAAGCAAGCGCUAGUGAUUCACAACUUCUAGUCACCCUCAGGCAGUAUGAAGCAGAUUUUGAGGACAUGCACGCUGCUGGAGAGUCAGGGGAAGCAGAUAUUCUUUUCCAACAAGCCAUGAUCAAGGCAGGAUCAAAGCAGGGCAAGAAUGGAGGCACCAGCCCUUACUCUGCCCCUGAAGGCAAUCUAUUGGACGACGAUUAUGAUGAGGGCGCUAUGCCGAUAUCAGAUCAAAUUGCAAGAGUCGAAGAACUGCUGCGAAAAUUAAACCUUGUCAAGAGAGACCGGAUGCAGACCUUGAAAGAUCUGAAAGACAAGGUUCAUAAUGAUGACAUCUCCAACGUACUGAUAUUGAAUAAAAAAGCAAUCGCUAAUCAAGAAGAGCAGCUCUUUCAGGCGGAGUUGGAGAAGUUUCGACAGCAUCAAAAUCGACUAUUCCAAGCAAAUCAUAAGCAAACAGCGCUCAUGAAGGAGCUCGCUAAAGUUUAUGGGGACUUACUGCAGGAUAAAAGGGUGAGAGCAGAGCAGUCCAAAUACGAGGCUUUGUCGAGGCAAAGAAACACCGCAAUAUCUAAAUACCGCAAAGUCCAUAAAGCGUUCAAGGAACUUCUAUCGGGCCUCGAUCAAGCGCAAGCGUUCUAUAUGCAAAUGAAAGACACAGUUGAUAGCUUGAAGAAGAAUGUCGACACCUUCCUCAACAAUCGUCGAUCCGAAGGAGCACAACUACUAAAUCAGAUCGAGCGUGAGAGAAACUCGACAGGCCAAGAAGGACGAGAGCGAGGAAACCUGAGACAGUUAAUGGAACGAUUAUCAAUGGAACCAAAUUCCACAUCACCAACAUCGUCAAACCCAAGGCCAGGAGCAAUCAAAGCAUCGUCUUCGGCCACAAGGUCAUCACCUAUUUCUCCCAAUCACGGCACGGUUGCUACAACAGGGCAAGCCUCCGGCUCCCACAACCAAAAGCCUGUGUCUUAUCCUCCUCACAUGCCCGGCAACGGCGCCGCUCUAGAAGUUUAUAACGCGAGUCAACCUUAUCAGCAACACACACCCGAAGGCUACAACCCCAUGGCUUACUUUUAUCAAGCACCAACCUCACCACCACCCAAUCAACAAUAUUUUAACCCAGCCUAUGGAGGGUAUCCGGGUCAAUCUCCCUACAUCCCCCAAGGCUAUGUCCCUCCCCCACCUCCACCCCGACCCCAGCGUUCAUCUGGUUAUAACGUUCCAGCAGGCGCGUAUAUAGCGAAUCCCGGUGCCGCUAAUUAUCAGCAAGGGCCCGGAAGGCCACCAAGCCAACCGCAAGGAGUCCCCCCUGGUUCAGCCGCAAAUGACCCGUGGGCUGGAUUGAAUGCGUGGAAAUGA